AUGCCGAGGAAUUGCCGAGAACGGCGGGGCAUUGCCACAUAUAAGGAAGCAGAUAAGAAGGCGGACAAAAAGGCGGAAAAGAAGGCUUCUAAAGCCUCCCUCAAGGCAGCGGCUGCUGCGAAAGAGGUUGCUCCCCCCAAAGCCAAGCCAAUAUCAUCCAAGGAGAUUAUAGCCAAAGCCAAAAGCAAAUCAAAGGCUAGCAAGAAGAAGCAGGAGAGCAGCAGUGAAGAGUCGUCAGAGUCUGACGCUCCUGCCCCCAAAACUCAAGCAAAGCAAACGCCUGUGAAGGCACCAGCUAAAGCGGCCUCCUCAUCCAGCGACGAUUCAAGUUCUGAGGAUGAGGCUCCCAAAACCGCCCAAGCCGACAACGCGAAAGCCAAUGGCAAGGCAAAGGCCGCACCUCCGGCCCCGUCAUCAGAUUCAGAAAGCAGUGAUUCCGAGGACGAGAAGCCGAAAGCGGCGCAAGUAAAAACCACCCCUAAAAAGGCUGCAUCUUCAUCGAGCGACAGCGACAGCUCGGAAGACGAGGAACCAAAAAAGGCUAUCUCCACCCCUGCCAAAGCUGCGGCUACCCCUGCCAAAAAGGCGACGCCGGCCAAGGUCGUCUCAACGCCCGCAACAAAAGCUGCCCCGGCAAAAGCGGCAGCUAAGUCGGACUCAGACGACUCAGAUGACGACAGCGACGAGAGCAGUUCGGAGGACGAAGCCCCCAAGGCUGCCGCGGCCCCUGCCAACGGUGCUGCUGCGAAGCAGUCGUCGGAUGAGUCGGGUUCAGAGGACAGCUCAGAUGACGAGGAAGAUUCGGAUGUCGAGAUGGCCGACGCUGCUCCGUCGGCGCAAAAAGGCAAGCGCAAAGCCGAUGACGACGCGGCGGCACCCGCGAAAAAGGCCAAGGUGGCGAAUGACGAUUCUGCGGCCCAGGGCGAAUCGGGUGCUAACAAGUCGAUUUUUGUCGGGAGGCUGUCAUGGAACGUCGACAACGAGUGGCUUGCGCAAGAAUUCGCCGACUGCGGCGAGGUUGUAUCUGCGCGUGUCCAGAUGGAUCGCAACACAGGCAAGUCGCGCGGCUUCGCAUACGUGACGUUCGCAACCGCGGAAGCUGCCCAGGCUGCACUGCAGCUUACCGGCAAGGAGAUCGAUGGCCGUCCAGUUAACAUCGACAUGACCACCGAGCGGGACCCGAACGCCGCCCGUCAGAACCGCGCCGCCGCGUAUGGGGACAAGCCCAGCGAGCCGUCGGCAGUCCUGUUUGUCGGCAACCUCAGCUUCAGCGCGACGGAAGACCUGCUGUGGGAGACAUUCAGCGAGUACGGCGACGUGAAGAGCGUGCGCGUGCCGACGGACCGCGAGACCGGCAGUCCGAAAGGGUUCGCGUACGUCGAGUUCUCGGACGUCGAGACGGCCAAGAGCGCGUAUGAGGGCGUAUCGGGCAAGGAGAUCGCAGGCCGUGCCGUGAGGCUCGACUACUCGCAACCCAGAGAUUCUAAUGGUGGUGGAGGCCGUGGUGGACGUGGUGGAUUUGGGGACAGAGGUGGACGAGGCGGAUUUGGGGACCGAGGUGGCCGAGGUGGCCGCGGAGGCUUUGGGGACAGAGGCGGUCGCGGUGGAGGACGCGGCUUUGGCGGACGUGGUGGAGGCGGUCGCGGCCGAGGUGGUGAUCGGGGCCGUGGUCGUGGCGGCGGUCGUGGAGGACCCCGCACCGGCGCAAUUGCCGCUUCCGAAGGCAGGAGGGUGACCUUCGACGACUAA